AACGUAUCAUGUUUGUUUCAGGCAACAAGACAAAGGAGGGAAUGGUGUCAGGCGUAAACACAGUUGCCCAGAGGACCACCGACCAGGCGAAUAUUGUCGGUGAAACAGCGGUAGGCAGCACUAAUGAAGUUGGACAGAAGACAGUAGAGGGACUGGAGAAUGUGGCUGCAACAACCGGCCUAGUCAACCCGGAUGAGGCUUUAUAUGAGGGUGACUUCUCUCAUGGGGGCGGCAUGGAAGGAGGAGAUGGUGGAGAGGGUUAUUAGUCCAGAGGCCUGAAGCUGAAACAGUCCCCUCUCUUCCCUCUGACUCUCCACCUCUGAGUUUCUGCUCCAAAACCUCACCCCUUCCAGACCCCAGAUGUUACUGAUAUUUUUUGUGACUGUAUGGAAAACCAAGUUGAAAAAGACUUUCCCUGAGCCCUGUAGCCGUUAGAUGUGUGACGCUUCCCCACCUCUCCAUCUGUGGUGUCGUCAUGCUGUUCUUUAUUGUUAUUGUCAUUCCUUAGCCUGUCCACACCUCAUCUAAAACACACACAAACACUCAUACAUGGACAGGAACCGUGAAGCCCAGAGGCUGAUAUCAGAGGUUGAAGUGGUCUUUUAGGAGCAUGGCUGAAAGAAAAAAAGAAAAAAAAGAAACCUGCAUGACCAGUAAUGUAAGAAAAGCAAUACAUCUCAUUUCAUCAGGGCAUGUAGCAAUGUGUGUCUGGAUCUUUGUGAGAUCAUAGCCAUGUUUCAAUUUAUUUAGUCUUGAAAAUGCUGCAAUGUACACAAUAAGUUGUGUGUACAUUAAGAGAUACAUUACAUUCCUUUAGUUCAGUAUGUGUGCAGAAUAGAGUUACUGUGUGCUUGACCAAUAGACUUAGCGUGUGAUUUGUUAGAGUACGAACAAAUGUUUAUUCACAAAAUGUGAACGCAUACUGUAUACAUAGAUACACGAUUAUCCGUUUUGAUGUAGCUGUGUUAGACUUGCAUUUCUUCAUUAGCUUGUACACAUGAGAUUUGGGCUUGAAUGAGGUUUGCGUUGAAAAAGGGUGUUGAAUCCCUCGGCUGCUAGGACAAGGAGCCUUUGAAUGUUAUA